AUGGAUCGUGAAGAGUCAAGUAUCAUCAGAAAAAAUACAACUGCCCAUUUUGUUCUGAUUCAUACCAUCUGCCAUGGUGCUUGGAUUUGGUACAAGCUCAAACCCCAACUUGAGGCAGCUGGCCACAAGGUCACUGCACUGGAUCUUGCAGCUAGUGGCACUGACUCAAGGCAAAUUGAGGACAUUGGCUCAUUUGAUGACUACUCUGAACCCUUGAUGACGUUUAUGGAGUCACUCCCUGAAGGAAAUAAGGUGAUUCUGGUUGGCGAGAGCUGUGGUGGACUCAAUAUUGCUAUUGCUGCUGAAAAGUACUCUAAAAAAAUUGCAGCUGGUGUUUUUCUCAAUUCACUAAUGCCAGACAUUGAUCAUAGUCCAUCUUAUGUCGUGGAAAAGCUCAUGGAGGUGUUUCCAAACUGGAAAGACACAGAGUUUUUUAAUUUUGAAAAAGAUGGUGAGAUUAUCCAAGGAUUGAAACUUGGUUUGAGGCUUAUGAGGGAGAAUUUAUAUACUGAAUGUCCUGUUGAGGAUUAUGAGAUGGCAAAAAUGUUAACAAAGAAAGGAUCAUUAUUUCAAAAUAUUUUAGCUAAGAGAAAGAAGUUUACCAAGGAAGGCUAUGGAUCAAUUAAGAGAAUUUAUGUGUGGACUGAAGAAGACAAAAUAUUUUUAACAGAAUUUCAGCAGUGGCAAAUAGUAAACUACAAACCAAGCAUGGUGUAUGAGGUCAAGGGCGGAGAUCAUAAGCUUCAGCUUACAAAGACUAAGGAAAUAGCUAAGAUUCUCCAAGAGGUGGCUGAUAUUUAUACCAAUCUUUAAAACAUUUAAUUACUAUUAAGUAAAUCUUGGGUGCAGCUAUAUAUAAAUAAUUUCCCAUUCUCAUGUGGAAACUAAAUUGCGCCAAAAUAAAGUUUGUGUU